AUGCGCAUAAAUUGGGAGCAUAUUGGUCAACAAGCACUCAAUAGUGUUGUCUCUGCUCUUCCCAGUCUUCUUAUUGGUGCUGUUAGCAUAUUUGGCAAACGUGAAGCAACUGAUGCUCGUGCUGGUCUUGCUGAUGUUCUUUCAUUGUUUGAUAAACUUUCAUUGGAUCAAUUCAUUCCACAAAUUCAUCAAUUCUUGAGCAAUGACAAAUUCCAACAAUUACAACAACAAUUCUUCAGCACUGUUCUUUCAGCUGCUGGUAACCAUUGGAGUUUAGCCAAUGUAGCUCAAGCUAUUCAACAACUUGUUACUCAAUUUGUACCUGAAGUUUCUCAAAUGCGCAUAAAUUGGGAGCAUAUUGGUCAACAAGCACUCAAUAGUGUUGUCUCUGCUCUUCCCAGUCUUCUUAUUGGUGCUGUAAGCAUAUUUGGCAAACGUGAAACAACUGAUGCUCGUGCUGGUCUUGCUGAUGUUCUUUCAUUGUUUGAUAAACUUUCAUUGGAUCAAUUCGUUCCACAAAUUCAUCAAUUCUUGAGCAAUGACAAAUUCCAUCAAUUACAACAACAAUUCUUCAACACUAUUCUUUCAGCUGUUGGUAAUCAUUGGAGUUUAGCCAAUGUAGCUCAAGCUAUUCAACAACUUGUUACUCAAUUUGUACCUGAAGUUUCGCAAAUGCGCAUAAAUUGGGAACAUAUUGGUCAACAAGCACUUAGUGGUGUUGUCUCUGCUCUUCCCGGUCUUCUUAUUGGUGCUGUAAGUUUGUUUGGAAAGCGUGAACUUCGUGGGAGCUAUCAAGAAUUGUUGGGUCAAUUGUCAAUUGAUAAACUUGCUCAAAUUGUACAAGUUGUAAACAAUGCUGAGAAAUCUACAGUUUUCGGUCAAGUACGAAAUCUCCUUCAAAAAUUGUUUGCGUCAUACAAGGGUCGUGUGAAUUUUGAUGAUCUGGCUUCAAAUAUAAUCAAUCAUCUUAACCAACUUUUGCCUACACUCAGCCAAUCAAUUUUUUCUGUUUUCUCGGGUUAA